UCGAUGUCAUACACUUUGCCCGCUUUGCGACUUACAUUGUGAAACGCCAUUUGAUCAUCCAGCAGUGUGAAAAUCUGAUGGCAAAUUCAACAUUGGACGGGAUCUUUAAACCCCACCAUCCGCUCGAACUUAAAAUUCUCUUCUACGCUGCUUUCAUAAUUUCUCUCCCUUUAACUGUAUUCGGGAAUGGUCUAGUCAUAUUAGCAGUUGUUAUCAACAAGAAGCUCCGUUCCGCCACCAAUGCUCUGAUAGUGAGCCUGGCCUUUGCUGAUUUGCCUGUUGGUUUGGUGAUCUUCCCUCUUAUCGCCUUGACACAGAAAUACGGGCCUAGUCUACAAUAUGGAAAGCAGUUGUGCCACACAACGAUCUUCUUUACCGAGGUGUUCCUGAGCGCUUCGUGUCUUCAUUUGUUGUUCAUUAGCGUGGAUAGAUAUCUAGCAAUCACUAACGCUCUUCGUUACCACGCUAUCGUCACCGCAAGACGUAUUGCUUACGUCAUCGCCUUCAUUUGGACUUUGUCUGUGCUCGUGGCUGUAUUUCCUUUUCUUGGUUGGCGUGACGUCCGGCCUCGUUCCCAGGGAGGAUAUUGCCAGUAUCACCUAAACCUCUCUCCCAGUUUUAUUCUUUUUUUGCACAUAACCGUAUGCCUGACUCCGCUGACCAUCACAUGUCUGGCGUACUGUAAGAUAUUCCAAAUAGCACGACAGCAGGCUCAGAAAAUCGCCUCUAUGACGGUUAGUGGGAGUGAACAAGAAAAACGCCGUAAGAAGCUGGAAAAAGAGCGUAAAAUCACUCUCUCGGUUGCAGUUGUUGUUGGAGUGUUCAUUCUCUGUUGGGGGCCACUUAACAUCAUGCUUAUCGUCUACUGCGCAUGUCAUAGCUGUGUCUCCUCUCUUUCUAUUGAGGCAGCGGAAGUAUUCUCCAUGCUAAACUCUGGCUGUAAUCCACUCAUUUAUGGAACUUUUAACAAGAACUUCCGCAGAACCUUCAAGGCUAUGUUACGAUGCCGCUGGCGUCAAAUCAACCGUGAAGAGAUGGAGGGUUCAACUCAAAUGGCCAUGCGCGUGUCGAAGGACUCGGUUGAAAGUUUGAAGUGAGAAUUUUCAGACAUACCAUACAGGAGUUGGUUCAUUGUGAUUUUUAGUUCGAUUACCAAAUACGAUUUUAAAAUCUUGUUCAAACGUAAAAACGAACAAAAAACAAACAAACAAACAAACGAACAAACAGAAAAAGUGCAAAAAAUGGGAAAUCGAUCGCGAAAGAAUUUCAAGGAUCAGAUGGCAGGACGAAAACCAAGCACGUAUUACGGACAACGGAACGUACUUACGAUGCAUACAGUUUCCAUCCUGCCUUUGAAUCUGCCUAUGAAAGAGGAAAAUUUAAGAGGGACGCUGCAGAAUUAACUAUGAAUACAAAACAAUGUAUCACUGCUUAGCGAACGUGUAAACGCUAAGAUUUUUUAUCAUUUAACGUAAUAGUCAUACACUUAAAGUUGAAUG